AUGAGAGGAAGCACCGAAUCCGGAUAUGCGAAGUUGCCUAGAAGUCUUAGGAAAAUAGAGCAGUCAAACCCUAGAAGUGUCGUUGACGUUGUUGUUGAUGACGACCAUAGGUUUAAGUACCUUUUCAUAUCUUUCGAUGCUUCAAUCCGUUGUUUCUAUUACGUGAGGCGCGUUAUUGUGGUUGAUGGGAUCCAUCUCAAUGGCAAGUAUGAAGGUGUAUUGCUAGUCGCUUGCGCACAAGAUGUGGUUUCGGAUAGGCUCAUUUCUAUUGCUAAAGCAUGUCACAAUGUUAUGCCAUGGGCAACACGAGGGAUAUGUUACUACCAUCUCCAACAAAACAUAAUUUCUAAUUUCAAUGGGAAGCAACUGAUGUACUUGGUGAAAGGGGCAGCAUAUGCACAUACGCAUGAUGAUUACAACCGCUACAUGGCCUCACUUACACAACGAGAUAGAUACAACAUCAAGACUAGUAACAUUGCGGAAUCUAUCAAAUCCAUGCUAAAGAAAGCCAAAGGUUAUCCCAUCACAUAUCUCAUUGAGUUUAUUACGAAAAAGUUAGGUAGGUGGUAUUGGAAAAGACGAGAGGAUGCACUGAAUCUGACAACUACUUUUAGUCGGGGUGUUGAGUACUUAUUGGCCGUAAGGGAGCAUUACGCAGAUAUGAUGACGGUCGAACGCAUAGAUGGUUGGCGUUUCCAAGUUAGGGGAGGGCAACAUGACUGUAUGGUUGACUUGGAAGCAAAAUCUUGUUCAUGUGGGGUGUUUGAUGUUGAGAAAAUACCUUGUUCACAUGCAAUUAAGGCUACCAAGUCAAGUGGUUGGCAUAUGUCUACCAUGACUGAUCAUCCUUACUAUAGAAAAGAUUUUGUGUAUGCGUCGUACGCGGCUAAUAUCAUGCCCAAUGUCGAGCACGAUCCAAUUGGGACAGAUAUCCGAUGUAUACCUCCCGUACCGAAGUGUCGGCCUGGUAGGCAAAAGAAGUCUUGUUGGCUUACAUGGCAAGAACUGUCACGUAAAAAAGGGAGCAAGCCGAAAGGCUCAUAA